AUGGAUGAAAAGGACGAUGUUGCCGAAUCGAAGAAAACAGAGUCAACUGAAGCACCAAUGAAAAAAACGUGUUGUCCAUCGUUAUCCAAAUGUUUUUCCGGUCGUAAUAGAAUUAUGAUAAUUGUUUUCCUUGCAAUCCUCCUUGAUAAUGUUCUUUUAACAACUAUAGUUCCAAUUGUACCUAAAUUAUUAGAAGACGAUCUAUACAGAGAAUCUGGUAAUACUACUCAACACCUGAAUGAAACAAAUGAAGAGGGUGAUGAACACAUUAGGAUUGGUAUUAUGUUUGCUAUUAAACCGUUAGUUCAGCUAAUAUCCAAUCCAUUUAUUGGUCCAAUAACAAACAGAAUUGGAUACAGUAUUCCAAUGUUUACGGGACUUGUAAUUUUAUUGGUAUCAACAUUAGUCUUCGCAUUCGCUAAAAACUAUUACCUUCUGUUAACUGCAAGAGGUAUACAAGGCUUAGGAUCUGCUUGUUCUACAGUAUCAGGUAUGGGGAUGUUAGCCACAUAUUUUGUUGAUGAAGUUGAACGAGGUCAUGCAUUCGCUUUUGCUUUAAGUGGAUUGGCUAUUGGUGUCCUGAUUGGUGCUCCUUAUGGUGGUGUUCUCUUCCAGUUUAUUAGUAAAGAAGCACCAUUUCUCAUCCUUGCUGGAUUGACUGCUGUCAAUGGAAUCAUUCAACUGAUAACACUGAGACCGAAAGUUAGUCGUGAAAAUCAAAAAGGUGCUUCUUUAACAGAAUUAUUAAAGGAUCCAUAUAUUCUAGUUGCAGCUGGUUCUAUAACAGUUGGAAAUUUAAGUAUUGCAAUCUUAGAACCAACUUUACCAUCAUGGAUGAAAAAGACGAUGAACUCUGAAGAAUGGCAACAAGGAACCGCUUUCUUGCCGGCUAGUAUUUCUUACCUGAUUGGAGCAAAUAUCUUUGGACCGGUAUCAUAUAAAAUUGGUAGAGGAAAUAGUGCAGGCUUAGGAUUGAUUAUCAAUGGUAUCUGUUUAAUUGGUCUUCCAUUUUCAACACGCGUGGAACACUUGAUUGCACCUAUGGUUGGACUUGGAUUUGCUAUAGGUAUGGUGGAUUCCUCUAUGAUGCCGCUAAUGGGACAUUUAGUCGAUUUAAGGCAUACUGCAGUAUACGGCAGUGUUUAUGCAAUUGCAGAUGUAGCCUUCUGUGUUGGAUUUGUAUUUGGACCAUUACUCAGUACUGCAAUGUUGAAAGUCUUAGGCUUUAACUGGAUGCUUUGGGUAAUCGCCAUCAUAUGCUUUGCAUAUGCUCCACUAACAUUAUUUCUCAGAAAACAGUCGAAAAGGGACUUGCCAUUAGAGUCAGUGUAA